AUGGCGAAACAGGACAAGUACUCCGUGAUCCUUCCCACCUAUAACGAACGGAAGAACCUACCGAUCAUUUGCUGGCUUAUUGAGAAGACAUUCCGAGAACAAAAUCUCGACUGGGAAGUCAUUAUCGUCGACGACGGCUCUCCUGAUGGCACACAAGACGUCGCAAAACAGCUUCAGAAAGUAUGGGGCACCGACCAUAUCAUCCUCAAGCCACGAGCUGGCAAACUCGGUCUUGGAACAGCCUACGUUCACGGCCUCCAAUUCGUAACGGGAAACUUCGUGAUCAUCAUGGACGCCGAUUUCAGUCACCACCCGAAAUACAUCCCCAAAAUGAUUGAGAUUCAAAAACAGAGCAAUGCGGAUAUUGUGACGGGUACGAGAUACGCUAAGCGCGGCGACUUGAAAGGUGGUGUGUAUGGAUGGGAUUUGAUUCGGAAGUUUACUUCGCGAGGCGCCAAUCUCAUCGCGGAUGUCAUGUUGAUGCCCGGUGUUAGCGACUUGACUGGUAGUUUCCGGUUGUAUAAGAAGAGUGUUUUGGAGAAUGUCAUUACAAGCACGGAGAGCAAAGGAUACUCUUUCCAAAUGGAGAUGAUGGUCCGUGCUAAAGCUUUGGGCUACAAGGUUGAAGAAUGCCCGAUCACCUUCGUUGAUCGUCUAUAUGGGGACAGUAAACUUGGUGGAGAUGAGAUUGUUGGGUAUCUCAAGGGUGUUUUCAUGCUGUGGUUGAAAGUUUAA